AUGAUUUGGCGGCUACGAGGAUCUCGCGCAUCGAUCCCCGCGAGCCUCACCAUUCUCCUCCCGCUCCUAGCAGCUCAGCAGCAGUUGCUUCUCUCCCAGGCUGGCAAUGUGCCUGUCGCAGCCUCCUCUCCGCGCGGCGCUGCCGAUGCCCGCCUCCCAUUACCAAACCACAUAGCCGAUCCCGUCCAUCCGUCCGUGAGGUCUGAUGAGAGCGCCCUCGAAACACUGGCUCUGGCGGCCUCUGGCUCCGCCGUUCGAGCACCUCCUGUCCAGAUAAGCAGUCGGAACGAUCCGACUCCGCAGCUUCAAGCGCGAUCUCUACAGGACUGGGAAGUGGAGGACUUUGUCCUCUUGGCGACCGUCGAUGGAACGAUACACGCAAGAGACCGGAAAACUGGUGCUCCUCGAUGGGCACUGGAAGUGCCCAGCAGCCCCAUGGUCGAGACCGUCUACCAUAGAGCAAACCGCUCAGACCCGUCCAAGGACGCCCAGAUCGAGGACGACUUUCUCUGGAUAGUCGAGCCUAGCCGUGAUGGCAACUUGUACAUCUACAAUAAGGGCCAGAACGGUGGUCUGCAGCGGCUGGGACUGACUGUUAAGAUGUUAGUCGACGAGACUCCAUAUUCCGGCAUGGACCCCCCGGUUACAUAUACCGCUAGAAAAGAGACUACUCUAUACACCGUUGACGCCAGGACAGGCUCAAUUCUUCGCAUGUUCAGUUCUCGCGGGCUUGUGGACCCAGAGCAAACCUGCCGACGACUCAAUGACUUCGAACCCGCGGGGGAUGAAUGCAAGUCCGGCGGUAAGUUGACCCUCGGACGCAUUGAGUACACCGUCUCCAUCCAAAACACAAACACCGGUCAGCCCAUCUGCACAAUAAAAUAUGCCGAAUGGACUCCAAACAAUCGUGAUGUAGACCUCCAAGGUCAGUAUUUCAAAACCAUGGAUGAACGUCACAUUUACAGCAUGCACGAUGGGGUCAUAUUCGGUUUCGACCACUCUAAAAUAGACGGACGUCGUUAUACUCAACGGUUUUCUUCGCCGGUUGCCCGUGUUUUCGAUGUUGCCCGUCCCCUAUAUGCCGACGAGCCCGACACACCACUUGCAAUACUCGCCCAGCCGCCGUCUACAAGUGAUUACGGCUCCGCUGGCCUCGACAACAGAGAGUCCCGUGUGUUCAUCAACUGUACAGAUGCCGGUGGCUGGUAUGCCAUGUCGGAGCUAACUUACCCGCUUGUCACCGGUCGAGCGCGCAUAGCAGAUUGUUACGAUAGAGAAUUCAUGUCACAGGAAAGGCCACUCAUGUCCCUCGACCUUCCACAACAAAGAGCUGCCCUGGUCGGUGUUCAUUCUCUUGCUGAGCCGUCCGCAAACUUCCAUCACAACCUUCCCAGCAUCUCUGGCCCACCUGCAGAGUCAUCGAAUGACACUCCGAAAGACGUUUCUAGAGACCCGGAGAAGUUACCCGCUCCAGCCGGCCCAGGUCGAAACAGCGUUAUCAUACGCAAGGGCUGGGACAAUUUAUUAGAUAUAUUCGUUACCCUCGUUUUAUUAUUUAUUGGUACAUUCAUUUACUACAACACACAGAACAUUCAGGAGUUGAUCAAGCAUCGACUGGACCUGAAGAAUAUCAUUUCUAUCCCCGACAGCUCAGUCACAACUUCGAAAUCAAUUGAGCAGAGGAGCACUGGCGAACAAACAGACUAUCCUGCACUUGUCAUUCACCCGCCGCCCCCAGAACAAGAGCCAAAGGAGUCAAACGAUACCGUCGUUGAAUCCAAGGAUGACGCAGCGACAGUAGAUGCAACAGCGAGCUUACUCCCUUCCGACCAAAACAAUGAAUCGCCCUCCAAGGACACGGAAACCAUAACUGGAGAGGAAGCCGCCGAUGUUGAAGACCCCGCUGUGAAAUCUCCGCGCAAGAAAGCCCGCCGCGGGAGAAGAGGUGGCCAGGCACAUAAGCGUGGCAAGAAAAACACCCAAGAAAAUACCGAGCUAGACAACACCCCUAGUCAAUCAGGAGGAUCCAAUGGUGCUCGCGCUAGACUCACUUCGCAGUCCGAUUUACAGCUCGCGAGAACCAUAUCAAAUACUGAAGUAAUUGACGCCGACGGCGCAAUUCGCAUUGGCCAGCUUAAAGUGUAUACCGAUAAGGUUCUCGGGCAUGGCAGCCAUGGUACAGUUGUUUAUAAAGGCAGUUUUGAUGGAAGACAUGUCGCAGUGAAACGUCUGUUGGUCGAAUUUUACGAUAUCGCGGCCCAUGAAGUCGGCCUACUUCAGGAGAGUGACGAUCACAAUAACGUUAUCCGAUAUUUCUGCAGGGAACAAACGGCAGGAUUUCUUUAUAUUGCUUUGGAACUGUGCCCAGCUUCGUUACAGGAUAUAGUCGAACGGCCACACAACUAUCCCGACCUUCUCCGUAAUGGCUUGGUUCUACCUGACAUUCUACGCCAGAUUACAGCGGGUGUCCGCUAUCUCCACUCCCUUAAGAUCGUCCAUCGAGAUCUGAAGCCACAGAAUAUACUCGUUGCUGCGCAGAAAUCUGCAAGGGGGGUGAAUAACCUACGUCUCCUCAUAUCUGACUUUGGUCUGUGUAAGAAGUUGGAAGACAACCAAAGCUCUUUCAGAGCAACAACAGCGCAUGCUGCCGGGACGUCUGGGUGGCGUGCCCCUGAGCUUCUUGUCGACGAUGACCAGACCACUGUCAACUCAGCGUCGUGGGCUAAUAACGGCACCCUUGACUCGUCCGAACCAGCCGUGGUUGAUCCACAGACCAACCGCAGAGCAACAAGAGCUAUUGAUAUCUUCUCCCUCGGUUGCGUGUUUUACUAUGUCUUGACGCAUGGAAGCCAUCCCUUUGACAAGGACGGUAAAUUUAUGCGCGAAGCCAAUAUCGUGAAGGGCCACUACAACCUCGACGAACUCCAACGACUUGGUAAUUAUGCUUUCGAGGCUGAAGACCUAAUCAGCCGCAUGUUAUCCGUAGAACCACGCCUGAGACCCGACGCAACAUCCGUAAUGAUCCAUCCAUUCUUCUGGUCCCCGGCCGAACGCCUCAGCUUCCUCUGUGAUGUAUCUGACCAUUUCGAGUUCGAGCCCCGGGACCCGCCUUCGCCAGCCUUGCAAUGCUUAGAAUCCGUUGGCCCCAGCGUCAUGUAUCCUGACAUGGAUUUCCUCAAGCUACUCCCCAAGGACUUCAAAGACAGCCUUGGGAAGCAACGCAAAUACACUGGCUCGAAAAUGCUCGACUUGCUGCGCGCUCUGCGAAAUAAGCGCAACCAUUACAAUGACAUGUCUGAGCACCUCAAGGCCCAUAUUGGCGGACUUCCGGACGGAUACCUGAAUUUUUGGACGGUCCGCUUUCCAAGCUUGUUGAUUAACUGCCAUUGGGUUGUUAGGAGACUUGGCUUGGUAGAUUUGGAGAGGUUCAAGCGAUACUUCACUCCACCAUAG